AUGUUUCUUUUGAAGAUUUAUAUUACAGAGCAAAUAAUUUUUGGAGUUGGAGGCGUGCAUAAAGGAUAUGUGGCUGAAGGAAUUAAAAGGAUUCUGACAGAUGACGCAGUAUGUAGUAAUUCAUCGGUUUUCUUUGAUUUACUGACUCCGUUUUUGGUAAAGUGGAAGUGCGAAAGAUCUGGAAGUUAUGAUGGAGCGAAAAAUUUGCGAGUGCAUUUGACUGCGAGUAGACGCGAAAAAUUUGCGAGUGCGGAGGGGGAAUUAGGACUUGCUUCUUCAGUUGACAUUUUGGUGGUGAAUAAACUUUUCCCCAAACUUAUAUCAACACAAAGCGUACAGUCGGCGGAAAUAAUGCAUUGA